CAGAACAUGAAGGUUCGCAUCAACGCUACGGGCGACACCAUCGUGAUGAAGUUUGUCCGGCCCAACCCUGACACCAAGCUGGAGGGCUACAUCCUGGGCUACGGCAGCAGCAUGUUCUCUAAACAGUUCAUCCAGCUGCCUGAGAAUGGAGAGCCCUACGAGACUGAGAUAGACGCUGAACCCAAGUAUCUUGUUGCUGUCCAGCCAAUCCCGAGCAACGACGUAAAGAAACAAUGCACAGGAAAGGUCUACCUGGAGAAGCCACUCCACCUGGUUAUUGGCUCCGUCACCCCAACCUCUGUGCUGCUGUCCUGGGGAACCUUCCUGAAGACGCCCUACGAAGCAGGCAACAUCAUGAACGACUGUUUGGAAGACGGACACUACACCGUCCGCUACAGGGAGAGGAACAGGAAGUGGAUCUACCAGACCUGCCCCACCAGCGACACUGUGAUUGACAACCUGAAGCCCAACACCCCAUAUGAGUUUGGGGUCCGCUCCAACAAAGACGAACGCAGCGGAAUCUGGAGCAAGCCUGUCAUUCACAAAACCAACAUGGGCGCAGGGUUGGACAAAAGCAUCCAGAAACCCUACAAGCACCGGACCCCUAUUGUGAAGCCAAUGAAACCACCCAUGUCCCGUGCACUUUUCCCACCUCGUCCAGCCAAUGGUAAGCAUCACAAAGGAACCGGCCUUCCCAAACCAGUGGUUUGGAACAGACUGAGAAUGGGAUCUCGUCCGUCCAUUCCUAUCAACAAAAAGACCAACCUGGUUGGCAAACCUGGUGAUAUGAACAAGCUGAAUGUCUUGAAGCAAACGGACAAGGCCUCCAUUUUGAAGAAGUUUCCAUCAGUGACGGCUAAACCUGCCAAGCAAGACCGCAGACACACAACAACGACUACACCAUCAGUCAACGACAUCUGGUUUGAAACCUGGGAGAACUCCUCAUUAUUCAGCUCCCUACCAGCCUCUGACGUGGACGCAUUGGGAAAGAAACGUUUCGUUGCACCCCAUGUAGUCUACAAGACGGACAAGAAACCAGACGAGCCGUGUUCCAUCACAACCUCUCUCAGCUACUUCCCAGAGGAGGAAGGCGGGGAGACAAACGUGACAGCCCCGCCCAAGUCUCCGCCCUCCAACCUCACCGUGGUAACGGUGGAGGGAUGCCCCUCCUUCAUUAUUCUAGACUGGGAAAAGACCGACAAUGACACCACAGAAUAUGAGGUAAUCUCCACGACGAAGGGACCAGAUGGUACUCAGGUCUCCAUCCUGACCACCAACCAGACUCACACUGCAGUGGAGAACCUCAAACCCGAGAGCAGCUACGAGUUCAAGGUGAAACCCAAGAACGAGCGUGGAGAGGGGCCACCCAGUGAGCCUGUGUCCUUCAACACUGAAUCAGCGGACCCACGUGUGAGUGAGAAUGUCUCAGGAAAAGAUGCCAUCUGGACCCAGUUCCCCUUCAAGACAGACUCAUACUCAGAGUGCAAUGGCAAGCAGUACGUGAAGAGGACCUGGUACCGCAAGUUUGUGGGCAUCCAGCUCUGCAACUCCCUCCGAUACAAGAUAUAUCUGAGUGAUUCUCUCAACGGUAAAUUUUACAACAUUGGGGACCAGACUGGCCAUGGUGAGGACCACUGUCAGUUUGUAGACUCGUUCCUCGAUGGAAGGACAGGAAACCAAGUCAGGGCUGACCAGCUGCCAGCAAGAGAAGGGUAUUACAGGGCUAUGAGACAAGAGCCUGUCAACUUUGGUCAGAUAGGAGGGAACUCUCACGUCACCUACGUGCCAUGGUACGAGUGUGGAACAGCCAUUCCUGGCAAAUGGUAGGACCCCCCAAAGCUGUCUGUGGAGAAGCCCGAAGGAUAUACAGUACAUAUCAAACCGGCUGGGAAGGUGGCAGGAGGGGUCCUUCUACGCAUCCAAUCAGUCUCUGGAUGCUACAUAUCCCCCAUCCAUCCGCCUCCGAACCCCAGCCAUGUAAAAACGUGUACAGGAUCUCCGUGUCAGGUUAAUAUAAUGUCCAUAUGUAAUAGCCUUCUCUUAUUUAUCAAACAUGACAAAAAGGCAAACGGAUAAAUAGAACAUAGUAUGAGAUAGAUGGAGAAACUUCUAACUAACAGUGUGAGGUAACAAACAUACAGUAGAUAUCUUUUUUUUUUUAUAAUGGGAAGCUGGCUCCCUGAAACUUAUUUUGAUAACGUGUAUAAUAUUAUUUAUCAAAGUGUUUGAUGCCAUGUUCCGAGUUCUAGGAAAUGGGUUAUAAUGCAACGCUUUUGCUGUACAGUACGAGUUGUAAAGUUUCAGACAACCUGCCGGAAUUUCAUGGUUUCAUUCAGUGACCGAUUCAUGGUGCAAGAAUUGUUCCAUAAUUUGGUCAGUCUUAGGGCUCUAUUCAAUCCGUAUCGCUGAACCUCAGCAUUGCGGCGCGAUGGAAAUUUAAAGGCAAUAUUCCCGAGUUAGCGGAGACUGCAUUCAUGGUAAACGCUGCAUAUGUCGGCUCAAUGGGAAAUGACCUUUACAUUUUCAUCACGCAAUCUGUAACGCUUCAGCGAAACAAAUUGAAUCCAGCCCUAGUUCAAUAUACACCUUCAGAGAAGAUAAUGCUGUAUAUAUUAACAUGAAGUCCACUCUCACACAUAUCCACUAACCAGUGGAGGCUGCUGAGGGGAGGACGGCUCAUAAUAAUGGCUGGAACGGAGUAAAUAGAAUGGCAUUAAACAUAUGGAAACCAUGUAUUUGUUGUAUUUGAUAACAUUCCACUAAUUCCGCUCCAGUCAUUACCAUGAGCCCGUCCUCCCCAAUUAAGGUGCCACCAACCUCCUGUGCCAGUAAAGUUCAUUGUAUGAAUGUUGACCGAGCAAUGGCACAUGGUGCACCUGCAUCUUCCCCUCGCAGUCACCUAAAACCAAAAACAAGCAUUGGAAAAUAAGCACACGCAGAGGACGUCUUGUACCAAACCAAUAUUUCUCCUUCAUUAGCCCUGAUAUAUGGGGUGGCUAUGCAUGGGAGAUCUUUACACUUGCAAUUUGCACAGCAUAAAUGUAUUUAUAUGUAUAUGGAGAGAAAGUAUUUUUUCAACUAACUUUUUCAAAAGACACGUCCCUUAAAGCGAACGUUCAUACUUCACAGUGUUCCACUGGCAACAUUUUACAGCCUCUGAUACAACACGUUGUAUAUAUAUCAUGUUGGAAAAUAAGAGGGAUAUCUUAUCUUCUUAGUAGCCUUGAUAAAUGGUACAGAGAGGAGUCCUGUUGAAUGACUUCUUAGUUUUGUACAAAAAUACACUUUUGGCUCAAUGCGCUUGCAGAUCAGUGUUUUUAUACUUAUUUUUUAUGGAAAAUGUUUGUCAUAUGGAACUGUACUCUUGUUUUUUUAAACAUACUUUCAUUCCUGUAUCUAUUUUCAAUAAUAAAAACAGAAGGUCUGUUACUUUUU